AUGGAUGCCAAAGAAGUAAAGUCCACCAUAUCGAAUCUUGAAAAAUCUGUGGAUGACGUGACGAUACUAAAAUUACUCAACAUAUUGAACGAUGAAGUGGUUCCCACUGAAAAGUUGUUGAGAGAGACAAAGGUUGGUGUGGUGGUGAACAAAUACAGAAGUCACGACAACAAAGAAAUAUCAUCGUUGGUAAAGAAAAUGAUUAGGGGUUGGAGAGAUGCGGUUCAGAAUGAGAAGAAUAGUAAAAAGAAACCUACUGCCAGCCUGCCAGGAUCGACACCAGCUUCGACCGGGUCACCUGCAUCGUCAACACCAAAUGCUGACAAAUCGAGUUUAGAUACGGCAAACGGGAAAAAAUUCAGCGGCCCACGGAGUGCCAAGUCCGACGGUGUGAACACAACGUUGUACGAUAACCCGACUCGUAAUGCGUCUGUGGGUGCCUUGUACUCCUCAUUGGCUGUUGAAAGGGAAGAUUCUCCUCAACAUAUAAUCACAAUAGCCUCAGAGAUAGAGAGCGAGGUGUUUAAAAGUGAGUACCUGAAAGUCAACGACUCUUAUAGAAACAGGUUGAGAAGUUUUACUAUGAAUCUUCGAAAUAAAAAGAAUCCAGAGUUGAGGGAGCGUGUUUUAUCGAAGCAAAUUUCGGCUGCCCAAUUCAUCAAAAUGACACCCAACGAAAUGGCUCCAGAGUCGUUGAAGAAAGAGAUUGAAAAGUUGCACAAGCAAAACCUCUUUGAUGCACAAGGUGCCACCGAAAAAAGAGCAGUUACGGAUAGAUUCACAUGUGGUAAAUGCAAACACAAGAAAGUGAGUUAUUACCAAAUGCAAACAAGGUCUGCGGAUGAGCCUUUGACGACAUUUUGUACCUGUGAAAACUGUGGAAAUAGAUGGAAGUUUUCAUAG